UUCCUUCCUGCGGCCGAGAGCGAUGAGUGGCGGUGAGUCUGAGGGCAAUGCGGCGGUCUCUCCUCCCCUCCGGCCGCUCUCCAAGCCCGGCCUUGCCAGUCCGGCUCCUUGUUUGUUUGCCUGCUUCUCUCGUUUCCAAACAAAGCCAUGGCUCUUCGACGCGACUGCUCCUAAGCACGUGCAGAGUGUCUCUUAGUUUCUGCAUUUGGGGAAGACAGAUGGGACUCCUAAAGCUGCCACCCUAUCCUUAUGAGUAAGGUGCGGGAAAGAGUUCUCAAGGAACAGAUGAUGAGCUGAAUCUCUUAGUCAUAGUAGUGGACACUAAUCCGAUCUGGUGGGGAAAGCAGGCGUUGAUAGGAUCAAAGCUGACAUUGUCAAAAUGCCUUGAUGCGAGCAUGGUGCUGGGAAACUCACACUUAUUUAUGAACCGCAACAACAAGCUUGCUGUUAUAGCCAGUCAUAUACAAGAAAGCCGUUUCCUCUAUCCCGGAAAGCGUUGGGAAAUUAUCGACAUCUUUGGUGAGGCUGUAGAUGCGAAUAUGUAUGGCAGCAAGGAUGGAAAGUAUGAGUUAUUAACAACUGUAAAUGAAACAAUUGCGGAGGAGAUACAGGAUCUGAUGACCAACGGAAUAAAAUGGCAACAGACAGAAACAUUACUGGCCGGAUCCCUUGCGAAAGCAUUAUGCUAUAUUCACAGGGUGAGCAAAACAGAAUCAGCCAGCCAGGAAAUUAAAUCCAGGAUAUUGGUCAUAAAAGCUGCUGAAGACAGUGCACUGCAGUAUAUGAACUUUAUGAAUGUCAUCUUUGCAGCCCAGAAGCAGAAUAUUUUGAUUGAUGCCUGUGUUUUGGAGUCAGAUUCAGGGCUCUUGCAGCAAGCUUGUGAUAUCACUGGGGGUAUUUACUUGAAAGUUCCACAUAAGCCAUCACUUCUGCAGUAUUUGUUGUGGGUAUUUCUCCCUGAUCACGACCAACGAUCCCAACUCAUCCUCCCACCCCGUGUUCAUGUGGACUACAGGGCAGCUUGCUUCUGCCACAGGAAUCUCAUUGAAGUUGGUUACGUCUGCUCGGUGUGCUUGUCAAUAUUCUGCAACUUCAGUCCCAUUUGCACCACUUGCGAGACUGCCUUCAAGAUUUCCCUGCCAGCUGUCAUGAAAGCGAAGAAAAAGAAGCUGAAAUUAGCCAUAUAAGAGCAUUGCUCUUGCCUGUUUCUUUCGAUGUGCAAUUUCCCGGCUCAGAUCAUAGCUGGGUGUUUCUAGGAUGCCAGAAAAGAAUGAGACCCGUAUUCCAACAGACAGAAAGAGUGCUAAACAUUUCGGAACAACUGCAUAAAGGCGGGUGCCACCAGUCUGCUCAAGCAACAGGGCAUAGCGCAAGUCUUGAGCUUGUGUUAUAUAGUCAUGAUGAUUCAACUGCAACUGCCUUAAACCCACAACCGCAGCUAUUUGAAGGCAUGAAGACCGGAUUCUCCAGCCCCACGAAUGAGGUGUAAAGCUUCUCGAAGAGAACUUCCUUGGACCAACUUCUCCAAAAUAAUUUAAGUAAUGAUGUCUUCCUUCCAAAAAGAAAGCCCCGUUUAUUUAAGUAGAAAUCUAGUCUUUUUGUAAAGGGUUGAGACUUCCGGGCUCCUGGGGGCUGGUCCCGCAGAAGCCCCUCGUGAGUUAAUGAAUAGAGAAAACAGCCCAGUUUCAAGACUGCAGAAACACUGGGCUCUAGAUUGCUUGGAGCUAAGCUUUUCAAUUAUGGUUAGCAACAACUCUUAAGUUCUUCCCGUGUCCCCUUCUCCAAAGUGAUAGCUGUCUCUUAGGCUCGUUUCAAAGGUUGGCUUGCCCAGCCCAAACCCGUGCCAACGCCAUCGCACAAGCCAAACCUAUUCCAGUGGAAGGGCUUAAGAUGCUUCCCGAUACUCUGCUUCCAAUAUCUCCUUGAUAAUUUUAGGAGGGAGAAUCAGCUAUGCACGUCCUUUCCAGGUACAAUGAACGAUCUGUUGUCGAACGUAACGCAAAUUGGAUCCGUUCUGAGGAUUGAGAGGAGUUCAGUCUUCCAUGCUGGCUUACACUGGCAAGCUUUUCUACUCCUGAUGCCACCUUUCUUCCUGCUCGUAUACAUUUCCAAUGUUCAGUCUUCCUCAGCUGGUACAAGCAUUAGGUUCUGAGAAUUGCAGUCCAAAGGUGACAUUUCCAAGUUCUUCUGUGUUUUGCCACCAGAUUUAAAGAGUCUUCUGUGCUGAAUAUCCAUCAGGGAGCGUUUGCCAUGUAAUUUUAUUUCCUUGAAUGCUGACUCUCCACAUUGUUAAAAUGCGAUUUCUGUCUAUGCCUUUUUUUUAACUUCUUGAUCCCAAAUCGAAAGAUUGGUGUCCUAUUUGAUGAUCCAGGAGAAGCCAGGGCUCUGUAAACGGUAUAAUUUAUUGACUGACCUGUAUGCUGCAUUGAACCUUUUACAGUUUGCCAGAGAUAUGCUGUUGUUUUAACACUUGUUUUGUAACUUUUCCUGAAUAAAGUCUUCCUAAGAAAACA